AUGCCCAAGAAUAAGGGCAAGGGAGGCAAGAAUCGCCGUCGCGGGAAGAACGAAAACGAGGAGACCAAGCGCCAGCUCGAAUUCAAGGAGCCCGGCCAGGAGUACAGCCAGGUCGUGCGCAUGCUCGGCAACGGGCGCUGCGAGUGCUACUGCUUCGACGGCGUGACGCGGCUGGGCCACAUCCGCGGGAAGAUGCGCAAGAAGGUGUGGGUGUCCGCGGGCGACAUCGUGCUCGUCGGCCUCCGCGAGUACCAGGACGACAAGGUCGACAUCAUCCACAAAUACAACGCCGACGAGGCGCGCAACCUCAAGCAGUACGGCGAGCUCCCGGAGACGGCGCGCAUCAACGAGACCGCCGUCGACAUGGCGAUGGAGGGCGACGACGCGAACGACGACAUCGGC